CAAACACAUUAUUUCAUAUUCUCCUUCUCAGCAGAAGUACUUUGUUGGUUGCCAGUAGACCGAUGAGGUUAUUGAGUAUAUAAUAAAUAAUAAUUUCUAAUGGUCUAUAUUCGAAUGAUCAACUAGCGAAACCCAAAGUAGCAUCACUAGCAAAAAGGGAUAGUUGAUAGGUAUGAAUUGAGAUCUGAAGGUUGCUUGUCAUUGGUCUGAUGAAGGUGAUUGGCAAAGAGAAUUAUUAGUCUGUAGUGUCUAUACUAUACUAUCUUACUUACCAAAGAGCAUUACAGUUACUUUAUGAGAAUUAGUGAUUGGGACACGUCAAUAAAUCAUUUUAAAAUUGUUGUUUUAUAAUAAGUACUUAGUUACGAUAGUGGAUAUAUAUCGGCAGCGUUUCCUAUGAAACUUUCAUUAUAGAAUUUUUUAUUUGUGACAAUGGCCACAAUGAGGCUGGUACUAAGUUUACUUUGUAUGGCGCUAAUUCUUCACUGCUCAUAUGCGCCGCCAGUAUCUCCAGACAAAGGGAACGAACAUGACAGUGAAGUCAAGGAUGACUUGGAAGACUAUAUGGAGUAUCAUAGAUACUUGAAAGAAGUAGUCCAAGCGCUGGAAAGUGAUCCUGACUUUAGAGAGAGGCUCGAAAAGGCAGACGAGGAAGAUGUCAGGACAGGCAAAAUUGCCGAACAACUUGACUUCGUUAACCACAACAUUCGUACUAAAUUAGAUGAGAUUAAACGUCGAGAAUUGGAUAGACUCCGUCAUUUGGCAACCAAGCAAUUCGAACUGACCAAUGACUUGGAUACUAAUAUGGGUAAAGUGCCAUCAAAUGAACAUUUGGAUCAUGCCAAUCCCCACACUUUUGAGAUUGAAGAUCUUAAGAAACUCAUCAAAAAGACUACUGCUGACCUAGAGGCUGCUGACAAGAAGCGUAAAGAAGAAUUUAAGGAAUACGAGAUGCAAAAAGAAUUUGAGAAGCAUCAGAAAAUUGAAGCCAUGAACGAAACAGAGAAGAAAGAAUACAUGGACAAAGUUAAGCAAGAGGAGGAAGCUAAGAAACAUCACCAGCCUCUUCACCACCCCGUGACCAGAGAACAAUUGUUAGAAAUAUGGAAAAAAGGUGACAAUAUGGAUACCAAAGAUUUCGACCCAAAGGUGUUUUUCAUGUUGCAUGACGUGGACGGAAACGGUGUAUGGGAUGCAGACGAAGUAAAGGCGCUAUUUAUCAAGGAGUUGGACAAGCUGUACACUCCUGGAGGCCCAAACAAGGACCUCCACGAGAGGGCAGAGGAGAUGGAAAGGAUGCGAGAGCACGUCUUCAAAGAGAACGAUAAGAACCGCGAUGGUCUCAUCGAUUUCAACGAGUUCAUGAUGGAGACGCAGCGCGCUGACUUCAACCAGGAUGAAGGUUGGAAGCCCAUUGAAGAGAAUCAGAUUUAUACUCAGGCGGAAUACCAAGAGUUUGAGAGGAGAAGGCUGGAGGAGCUGAGAUACUUGCAGCAACGUGGCUUGGUCGACGCCCAAGGCCACCCGAUUCCUGGUGCGCAACACCAAAUUCACCAAGCCCUUCAGCAAUUCCAAGCAUACCAACAUCAGCAACAACAACAAGCUCACCACCAGCAAUUCCAACAAGGAUCCCAAUAUCCAGGUCAACAACAAUACUAUCCUCAAGGACAAAUGCCGCAGGGGUACCAACAGCCCCCGCAACAAGGAUACCAACAACCUCCUCAGUAUCAACAGUAUCAGCCUCCUCAGGGUCAACAGCAACAAGGCCAAUUCCAAGGACAACAACCUCCUCAAGGUCAACAGCCUCCUCAGGGACAAUACCAGGGUCAACAACCUCCUCAAGGACAAUUCCAAUCUCAGCAACCGCCUCAGGGACAAUACCAGGGUCAACAACCACCUCAGGGCCAGUACCAGGGUCAACAACCGACUCAGGGACAAUUCCAAGCUCAGCCGUCCCAAGGACAAGGUCAACAACCCUCUCAGGGCCAAUAUCAAGGACAGCAACCUCCAGUUCAGCAACAGCAACCACAGCAGGCCGUAAAUCAAGCUCAAGUUCCUCCCGUACAGAAUCCGGAGCCAAUUAAUAACGCCCCACAAGGACAAAACCUUCAGCAGGGUCAAGCUGGUCUAUCCCCACCUGGACUUGGACAAAACCAAGCGCACCCAACUAGUUAAGCAUUUGGCUUAUAUAAGCAUUAGCUUUUAAAUUAUAAUGUAUACCCUUUAACUCUAUACAGGUGCCAAAUUCAUCUCAAGCUUUUUUUAUUCUUCUAAAUGUACUGCAAAUUUUAAUUUAUUGUAGUAUAUCAAAUUUAUGUAGACGUGUAGGAGAUACAUAAUAAACGUAAUUUCAGGACUCACUAA